GCCACCUCCCAGAGGGCCUGGGCUUCCCUGGAGCAGCUCCCGUCCCCUGCAGCCUCUCACCAGAGCCGCAGCAGAGGGCAGGCGCCCCCCGGGGCCCUGCCCCACAGCACCAUGAUGGGGAAAGUCCCCUUGGGGGUUGUCUCCCCUUAUGUGAAGACGAGUUCGGGGGGCUGCACGGAUCCCCUGAAAUUCUAUGCCACUAGCUACUGCACAGCCUAUGGUCGGGAGGAGUUCCGGCCCCGCACGGGCAGCCACGAAGGCACAGGCUACAGAUCCAAUUACCGGCCUGUGGUCUCUUACCCCGCCAACCUCGAUGCCGUGGACAACCCAGCCAUGGGGGAACAAGGCGGCCACAGUUUCCAGUCAGUGACCAGUCAGAGCUACUGCCCCCUGGAGGCGCCUGAUGGCAAGUACCCACUGCCGUGGAACAUGCAUCAGACCAGCUCUGGCUACUGGCGGGAGAAGCCCAGUGCGGCGACCCCCACUAAGGAGGUCAGGAAGGUCCAUUUUGACACCCAGGACUGUGGGCCGCAGGCCAUCACAGGGCUGGAGCCCAAGGACGUGCCCCUGCUCCACCAGCUGCAGGGCAAGGGCUCGAUGGAAUGGGAGAACGCCCGGCAUGGCCCGUGCUUCAUGACCUCUGAGUACAAUUCCAAGUAUCUCAAGGAGCCUUCAAACCAGCCAGAUCUCUUGCAGAAGAAAUCAAUUGGCGCCAAAGAAGAGACUGGCUUCACUGAAGAGUCCACCAAGAACCCCAUUGUCUUCCAGCCCCCUUCCCAGGCCCUCCCUGGGGACCCGGUCCUCCUCCCUGGCCGGAGUGUCACCAGGUCUGACUUCCUCCCCAUGUCCCACCCUCAUGGGGACGAGUUCCUGCCUGUGCUGGCCAGAGGCUCCGAGUGGGAAACGGGCUACAACCGGGUGACGGAGAGGACCCUGAACCCCAGAGUGCCCCCUCCCGGCCCAGAACCUAGCAGCAUGAGCCACUGGCAGUUCCAGCCCCCGCAGCGCAUGCAACAGACGAACUUUGCCUUGCUGGGCCGGGAGACCGUGGGGAACAAGGAGCCCACGGGGUUCAGCCUCAACAACCCCAGCUACUUCCGGAACCCUUAUGACCCUGACAUGGAUAAUCGGUACCUGACCACCUACAACCAAGGGUACUUCGAGAAUAUCCCCAAGGGUCUGGACCGAGAAGGCUGGACUCGAGGUGGCAUCCAGCCACAGAAGCCCGGAGGCUAUGCCCUCAACCAGCCGGUCACCCGCAUGGAGGCCACCCCCAACCCCACGGAGAGCCUACGGCACCUGCACCCCCACGUGGGAAGAACCCUGAUCGCUGUGGAUCCCUUCUACCAAGCCCCACCUCACAGCAGCCGCUUCAUGACACCCAACUGAGCCUGAGGCUGGGUUUGCCAACCCAGCGGGCAGGACGGGAGCCGGCUACGGUCCCUACCCCCACCCCUCCCUGCCCAGAUUCCCCUGGCUACUUUCCUAAUGAAAUAAAGAGCA